AUGUUUGGCAUGAAUUAUAAAGAUCCACCUGAUCCAGCUAACAAAAAUCUAUAUGAAGAUGAUCUGGAAGCUGAUGUUGGAGCUAAACGAAGAGGAAGAAGAGCUAUGCACAAGGAAUUUUCUCCGUAUUCAAUGAUUAAACCAUUACGAUCAAAAGAAAAAAUGGAAGCUAAAAUUAAUCGGUUAAGGGAAGAAAAGAAGUAUCUGAAUGCGAAAUCUAUUGCUGAUGGAUCGAAAGAAGUUCUUCGAGCUGGAGUACGUGAAAUAAUAAAAUCAAAUUAUGGGAAAGAAAAUAUAGAUCCGCAAUUUAUAAAAUCGGAGUUGGAGGCAUUUGAUAAGGUGAUCGCUAAUCAGAAAAAAUUGGAAGAAGAAAAAGGAUUUGUGUUGCUCCAGGUAACCUCAGAUAUGGUUAAGGGAUAUAAUUCUUCUAAGAAUUUGGUGGGUGGAUCAUCUCCUUCGUCUCCUGUUAUUCAAGCGAACAUGGGAAUGGAUGCUGGAACUGUAGCUGGGUCGAACAAUAGAAUUUCAGCUGGAACAAAAAAUGACAAAGGCAUUUUGGUUGAUGAGCCGAAGAUUACUAAGGACUUCAUUUCAUCGGAAUUAAUGAAGUGGGUUCGUAUUCCGGUGGUCUUUAAUGCUAAUCCUAUUGACUCAAUUAGUUGUAAUACUAAUUGUAAUGAUGAAGAUAUGAAAGAUUCUAUUAAUGAGAAUGGGAAUUUGGAAGUUGGUUAUGGUAAUAAUAUGAAGAAAGAACAGGGAGCUAAUUUCUUGAAUAUGGAUUUUUCGAAACCUGUCCUCUCCCCUGCAGCUAAGUUGGUUAAUGAGUUCAAUAAAAAAUCUUAUGCUCGUAUGGUUGAAUCAACAAAUAAUGUGGUGGAUCUUAAUAUCAAAGUUAUUCCAAAAGUUGAUGGGAAACCUAGUGGGAAAGUUGAGUUACCUUAUGCAGAUUUAAUGUUGGGUGGUGCUCCUUAUCAUGCUACUUUGUAUGGAUUUUUUGUGGGGAAAAAGCUUGCUUUCCCAACAGUUAAUCAUUUUUCUUUUAAGAUGUGGAAGAUGUAUGGGCUGAAGGAUAUAAUGGUGAAUGAUGAGGGAUUUUUUUUCUUCAAGUUUGAUUCAAAAGAAGGAAUGAUGAGUGUGCUGGAGGGAGGUCCAUGGUUGAUUAACAAUGUCCCAAUGUUUGUUCAAAGAUGGAGGCCAGGUCUAGUUUUGAGUAAACCGCAAAUUAAUUCAGUUCCUGUAUGGGUUAAAGUGUUUAAUGUUCCUUUGGAGUAUUGGAACAGCAAAGGAAUUACGUUGAUUGCAAAUGAGAUUGGGAAACCAAUUGCUAUGGAUAAAAUCACUCAAAAAAUGUGUAAUGAGCACUGGGGAAGGCCAGCUUUCAUGCGAUUUCUUGUGGAAAUGUCAGCAGAAUCGGAAUGGAUGAAAGAAUUAAGUGUCGUCUCAAUAGAUUUUGGGACAGGAGAGAAAGUUGAAUCAAAGUGCAGGAUAGAGUAUGCAUGGAGACCUGAUAUUUGUAGUCAUUGCAAAAUUUACGGACAUAAAAAUAACAAUUGUGGGAUUCUAAAUGGAAAAAAGAAUGAUGGUGUUACUGAUGUUGCUGUUGACAGAGAAGAAAAUGGGAGAAAAGAGAAAGUGGAUGAUGAUGGGUUCAUAUUAGUAACAAAGAAAAACAAUAAAGGGCAGAAAUUUAAUACCGGAGUGGUUAUUAAUGAAGAAGGGAAGUGGAUUUAA